AUGAAGUGGGCUUUAUUUCUUCCACUGGCGUUCGCCAUACCUGGCAGCGCAGUAGUCCGAUUACAUUGUUCGCAACUCGUAACUCAACGAUUAGACCCGCUUGUAGACCCAGGCAUGAUGCCUUCUAGUCAUGUUCAUCAAAUUGUUGGAGGAAACUCGUUCAACGCAACCAUGGACCCGAAGAAGAAUAUGCCAGAAGAGUCAACGUGCACAACCUGCCAAUAUGCCGACGAUUUUUCGAAUUAUUGGACUGCAGUUCUCUAUUUUCGAGCACAGAAUGGUAGCUACAAGCGAGUUCCUCAACUGGGCAAUAAUCAGUUUCGAAAUGCGACUGGGGGCUUGACGGUUUACUACAUGCAGGAUGCCAUAUAUGACUCUACGCAGAAGUCUAAAGUCACUGCAUUUCAGCCAGGCUUCCGAAUGUUCGUCGGAGAUAUAUUUGCCAGGACGCUGGCAGAAGCAGGUCGAUUCCGACAAUUAACUUAUACCUGUCUCGACGAGUUCAUCACCCGAGAACCAGAAUUGAUCGCUUUUCCCAAACGGCGUUGCAAAGAAGGAAUCAUGACAUCCCUUAGAUUUCCGACUUGUUGGGACGGCAAGAACCUCGACAGCCCAGAUCACAUGUCGCAUAUGAGCUACCCGGAAACAGGAACUUUCGAAAGCGGUGGUCCCUGUCCAGCCACUCAUCCAGUUCGGACUUCACAAGUAAUGUUUGAAGUGGUGUGGGACACGAAGCCCUUUAACGGUCUUGAGUGGCCGGCAGAUGGUUCUAAUCCUUUCGUCUGGUCGUUUGGAGAUGCCACGGGUUAUGCGAAUCAUGCGGAUUACGUGUUUGGAUGGAAAGGCGACGCUUUGCAGAAGAUUUUGGACACGCCGUGCUAUUUCAAUUGCGACUCAGUAGGGUUGAAGCUUCAGUCAAUUGCUGAAAUGAAUAAUUGUACCCAAAAGCCUGUGAUUGAUGAAGAUAUUGAUGGUUGGCUUGAUGUUCUCCCAGGUGGUUAUCACGCUGAAUAUGCACCUAUAUCGUUGCAAUAG